UUUAUUAGACUGAAUGUUUGCAAUUCAGUUAAUUAUAGAUCUAUAGCUGCUGUAACUACUGUUCCUUUUUCUCAAGAUAGUCCUCAUGUUAAAAUAAUUUUUGGUUACGGUUGCUUUUACCAGCAUAUGGAGAUUAUGAUGUGGUGCAUAAGGCAUCAGUUUUUGGAUAAUGUUAGAUCCCGCCAUUCUAGCUUCACAUCAUGGCUUACUGCUGUCCGCGAAAGGAAAUCUGCUGCUAUCAAGCGAUCAUGGCCUGAUGCUUUGGAUGACUCUGCUGAUUCCAGUGGACGGGAGGGAUCUUUGUUCAUCGAGGAUGCACUGGAGAAUCUUGAUAUAGAGCAGUGGUACUCCCCAGAUGUAGUGGAUGGUUUGGAAAUUGCAUCAUUGGCAAAUGAUGGGGCCCCAAUUAUCUUCAGAUCUAAGAUUGGUGGGAGUUCUGGAUGCUACCCAUUUGAAAAUCUUCGAGUUGCUGUUGACGUUCUUUUUCUUCGUGGAAGUUCUGAUGUAUUCGUUGCAAAGAAAGCAAUCCUUUUGUAUUACUUGUUUGACCGCCAUUGGAUGAUGCCUGAUGAGAAAUGGAGACAUAUUGUUGAGGAUUUUGCAGCCUCUUUUAGCAUAACACGGCAUUCUAUAUUAGAAUCUUUUGUCUUUUAUCUUCUUGAUGAUCAUACAGAUGAAGCUCUGCAGGAAGCUUGCCGUCUUCUUCCAGAGAUCUCAGGCCCAGCAACCCAUCCUAAGAUUGCUCAAGUUUUGUUAGAACGGAAAAAUCCUGAUACAGCUCUUAUGGUUUUGAGGUGGUCAGGACGUGAUAGUAUGUCAGCCUCAGUUUCACUUGUGGAAGCUGUAAUUGGUGUCCGGGUGAGAGUGGAAUGUGGACUUCUGACUGAAGCAUUUAUGUAUCAGAAAAUGCUCUGCAAUAAGGUAAGAGACAGGAAAAAGUAUGAAGAACGUGAGGACGAGUUUGAUAAUGCUCAAAGCAAAUUUAGAAGGUGGGAGGACUGGGUGAAAAUAUUGGUGACUGAAAUUUGUUUUCUUUGCAUCCGUCGAAACUUUGUGGAUAGAAUGAUCGAGUUACCAUGGAAUUCUGAUGAGGAAAAGCAUCUCCAUAAGUGCUUGAUGGAGUGGUCCACUGCUAAUCCAUCAACCACUAUUGGAAGUCUCCUCUUUGUGUACUAUCUUCAGAGGUUUCGAUAUCAUGAGGCCUACCAAGUGAACCUCUUACUUCAGAAAGCAGAACAAGGCUAUAUUUCUGAGAGUUCUGUUGUUGAAGAGGUUUUAUCCAGAAUGAGAUCGAUGAGUCACUGGCGAGCAGGAUUGGUUGUA